AUGUCCAGAUUUGUGCGCGCCUCAAAAUUUAGACACGUAUUCGGCACCGCCGCAAAACACGAAAACAGUUUUGAGAAUAUUAGGGUCUCGGCAAACGCGUGGGAUACAAAUCUUGUUAAGGUUAAUCCUCUGUUUAUUUCCAUCAAUUGGAAUGCUGGAGGAGGAGGAGCAUUUGCCGUAAUUCCACAUAAGAAUGUUG